CAUUUCGAUUUUCUUCUCGCCAGGACGAAACAUGGCUGCCUACUGCUCACCGAGGGUAUUUUUAUUUACGUUUGGUUUGUUAGCUGGUUUAAGACAGACAGAGGAAGGAAGACACCGUGUCGGCAGCGACAGUUACACCGUUUAACAGCCGAAGUAGCCGUUAGACGUCCGGUAAGAAGGCGCCAUUGUUGCAGUCGUAGUGACACUGACCGUUAACGUGAUUUUCACCGAUUUUCGCUGAGCUUGUCAAGCUUUUCAUCAGUGUCCGACUCCAACUGUUUAGUCUCUGUCGGCGUGCUGAGCUGUAACUGCGAGUCAAACGCAUACACGUCCGGUAAUAGUCGCUAUGUUCAGCCCCGUGAAGUCUUCAUAUCUCAGAGUCAGCCCGGCCAUUGUCAACAGAGAACUCGGCAAGACCAAGAUGAGAUAGCAAGAGGGCACACCGGAGUGUUAAACCACGACUUUACCCACGCAUAACCGAGAGAGAGAGAGAGAGGGAGAGGAAAACCGACACAUAAUGUUUGGGAAUCUUUUCGAGGAAGAUGAGGAGGAAGGUUUCGCUUCGGCGUCCUCCAGAGGAAGAGUUACAAAGGGGGGAGACGAGCCACCUGCGCCCCGAGGCAGGAGCAAUCUGUGCGGCAUCAAGAACCAGGGGGGCACCUGCUACCUGAACUCUCUCCUCCAGACCUUGCUGUUCACCCCAGAGUUCAGAGAGGAGCUGUUCAGUUUGGGGCCAGAUGAGUUAGGAUGCCUGGAGGACAAAGAGAAACCAGGAGCCAAAGUCAGAGUGAUCCCGCUGGAGCUGCAGAGCCUGUUUGCCAGUCUGCUGCUGUCGGACCAGCAGAGCGCCUCCACCGCUAACCUCACCGGCAGUUUUGGCUGGAACAGCAGCGAGGGAACAAAUCAGCAUGAUGUGCAGGAGCUGAACAGGAUUCUGUUCAGUGCUUUGGAGCACUCUCUUGUGGACACCAGCGGUAGCAGUUUUAUCCACCGGCUGUACCAUGGUACCAUCGUCAACAGCAUUGUCUGCAAGGAGUGUGGUAAUGUCAGCCAGAGACAGGAGGACUUCCUGGACCUGACAGUGUGUGUUUGUGGCAUGUCUAGCCUGGAGGAUGCGUUGUGGAGCAUGUUUGUAGAGGAAGAGUUGUUUGAGGGCAAUAACCUGUACCGCUGUGCACAGUGCGACAGGUUGGUCACUGCUGCCAAGUCUGCCAAGCUGAAGAAGCUUCCUCCAUUCAUGACUAUGUCUUUGCUGAGAUUCAGCUUCGACUUUGCCAAAUGUGAGCGAUACAAGGAGACAGGACGCUACAGUUUCCCCUUCACCAUCAACCUACAGCCAUUUUGUGAACAGACUGACGGAGAGGACUCUGAUUACUCCUAUGAGCUGUUUUCUGUGAUUAUCCAUAAGGGUGGCUGCUAUGGUGGCCAUUACCAUGUCUAUAUCAGGGAUAUUGACCAGCUGGGCCAAUGGGAGCCUCCGGAGGAGGAAUGCAAACCCAAGACUCAGAAAAAAGUCAAGGAGGACGUCAAGAAGGAAGCAUGUGAGCCAAAACUACAAGAAGAUGAUCCGUUGUCUGUCCUUACUGCUAUUAUUUCCCAGGAGCCAUUAAAGAGUGUCUUGCUGGACCAGCUGGGACAGAAACUCAUGGACAAGAUUGGUUCAUCCUGGGGCAAAAAAUUCAGAAAACACUAUGGCCCCAUAGGAAAGUUUCUGCAGUCCCACAGUGACGUUUUCAUGUUGGUGUCCAGUGGUACCCGAGUGGCAUUGAAGGCCAACCCACCAAGCCCUGUGACUGAACCAACCACCCAAGCAGAGCAGCCCACUAACCAUGAUACUUCAACACCUUUAGACCCUGGAGCUGCUGAACAUCAACCAGAGCCUGAACAAGAGCAGGGUAGCCACUGGUUUGACCUGAACGACUCUGCGGUGACCUCCAUCAGGGAGUCUGACAUAGAGAAGCAGUUCCAGGGCAAAGAGAGUGCAUACAUGCUGUUCUACAGAAAAACACAGCUGCACAGGCCCAGUGAAGCUCUGAAAAAUCCCCAAUAUAAAGUUCCUCUUCACCUCAUCCAGAUGGCUCAGGAGGAGAAUAUCAAACUGCAGCACAUGCGUGAGGAGUUUGAAGCCACAAAUAACACCGUGGAGCUACGUCUCCACCUGGCACCCAGUUACAGGCUAGAAAAUGGAGCCCUGCAGCCGAUCAGCAAAGAGCAGAAUGGGGGCACAGCUCUGAGCUUUGACCGUAGAAAGACAGUGGGCGAUCUCCGAUUGGCUAUUUAUCAGAUGCAGGAACUAUGGGAAGGGGAUAUGGCUCUGACUGUGGCCAAAAGUCUUCCUGCAGGUCUACACCUCUAUAAUACUCUUACAGAUGACGGUGUCUCCCUGUACAGUGCAGGCAUUCAUACAAACUCCGACCUGUUUGUGUGGAAUGGCAGAGAGGUGUGUGGUGCAACCAUCCUGACUGGGGCCGAGUGGGAGCCAGUGCUGCUGACUGUAGUCCGUCCCUUCUUGGGGGAAGAUGGCAAUCCGGAGAUGGAGGAUGGGGUGGAGCUUGAAGAGGGAAGAGGAGAAUUUGAAAAUGGGGGGCCAGGGCUUAAAAGGGAAGCGAGAGGUUUUGCAGGUGCUGCGACUCUCGGGGAGGUGAGGGAGGCACUGGGGGAGCCUAAGGAGAGUCUCCUGUGCCAGGAGCAUAAAGGAGGGAAGAAAGGAGAGCAUGGGGCAGGAGAAGGAGGAGGGGCAAGUGGUUGGAGGUUGUUUCCCCCCACUGACAUGCAGCGGACGCUAAAGGAGCUGUCGCUGAAAGACGGAGACGCGCUGCUGGUGCUGGAGCCACAAUCGUUCGACAGCAGCAUGUUCGCUCUAAAUGGAGAUGUCGUCACCGUGACUACACCAUCUGACUGCCGCUGGCUUCAGGUGGACUUUCAACCACCUGGAGGAGGAGAAGAAGGAGAAAAAGAAGAGGAGAGGAGGAAGAUCAAGGUUCCAGCUACAGGAAAUAUGCUGCUGUGUGAGGUGAAAAAGAGAGCCAUAGAGGAGCUGCAGCUACAGGAGCAACUCCCAGGUGCACAGUACUGCCUGAGACAGGUGGACUGCACAGGGAAACUCCUUCCUCCAGUGUGUGAGGAGUUGAGUGUUCGCGAUGCAGGGGUGCGACUCAUGACCACACUGACGCUCUGUCCGGGAAAUGCCCCCAAGCCAUCACAGCUUUUUUUGAACUUCUCUGUGGGCACAGCGCCAUCUGCUGGCACGGAGAUGAACAUAAUUGUGGAGAGUACUUGUACUGUCAAAGAGUGUCUGAAGUCAAUGCUGGACGCUGUUGGACUUGAUGGCACCUGUUGGCACUUGAGGAGGCUCGACUGGUGCGAGGAGGUUGGAGAGCCACUUAUGGAUGAAGAUGCUUGUCUGUCAGAGCUGAAGAUAAGCAAUGGAGAGACAUUAAUCAUCACAGAAGGACACCUACCACCGAAGGGAUUUCUCAAACUAUCUGUGUGGCUGUAUCUGGAUCCAAGAAAUAACUCCAUGGAAAGUGAUUAUAAUCACACUGACAGCAGCCACGCUGAGGAGCAAAUGCUGGAGGCUGUGAGUGCAGGCGAAACGCACAGUCACUCACCACCUCUGUGUGCUGGCAACAUGGCAGAGCUGAGAAGUGUAGGACAGGUGGAGAUAUCGGACGAGGCCACGCUGGAGGAUCUCAAGACUCAGGUGUUGACACUGCCUGCACUUCAGGAUGUGUGUGUGCCAACCUCUGCAUUCAUGCGUGUGUGGCUGCUUGAGGGACGGAGGCUGGCACGAAUCCUCAGAGGACAACAGCUGACACUCAGGAAAUUGAAGCUGACUAGUGGUACAGACCUCUGUGUGCAGCAGCUACUAAAAGAAGAAGAUCUUGGCCCUAAGGAGGUGCUGCUGAAUGUUAAAAUGGGAAUACCAGGGGAGCGGUGUUACUACCCUGCAGAGGAGCUGGUUUGGGAUGCAUCCCACGACUCAUCCCCUCGCUCUCUUCGCACUUGUCUGGCCUCACUUUACGGCCUCUCCCCAGACUCUCUGCUGUUGGCCAAACACCAGCCAGACAAACAUACAUGGGAGGAAAUCUCAAACUGGAGCCAGCAGGUUUCCAAAAAGAAAAAGAAGAAGAAGGCAGAAUCACUGCUGGGAGCACCAUUUCAUCUCAAAGAUGGAGACACGAUCGGCAUCAAGAAUCUUUUGAUUGACAACAACAGGGACUUUGUCACCCUGGAGGAUGAGCAAGGCCAGCAGAGGCUCAGAGAGCAGGCAGAGCAACGCAGGAAAGGAGGGCAGGAUGCAGGCUCUGAUGGUGUUGGACCACGGAAGAAGACUGGACCAACCAAAUCCAGGAAACCAGAGGUGGCACUGUCGAUCAACGUUGGGGUGUUCAGAUAGCAUCCCGCUCCCAUGGGUGCAUGAACAGAUCAGAACUACCUAUAAAACCACAUGCACACACACAGAGAUGCCACGUUGCAGGACAAUCCUCUUGACGUCAGUCUUGUGCCAUUUCUUUUCUUUUCUAUUUUUUUUUUUUUUUUUUUACUGCAUUUCUCAAAUAUUUCAAACUCUGCUAAAAUGAAAGGGUCAAGUAAUUCCUUCUCCUCAUCUGUCUGACAUGUUGAAAGAAAGAAUGAAUUUUAUUUUGCAUUAUUUCUAUGCAAUAUUUCCAGAGUUCCUCCCUCUGUAAGCUUCCUAAAUUACAAAUACCAUGCAUGCACUUUAUUUUAAAGGUCCAGUGUGUCAGAUUUAGGUGGCUCUAUUUACAGAAUAUAGCAGUAAUUGAGUAUAAUAUGCAUAACUAUGUUUUCAUUAGUGUAUAAUCACCUGAAUAAGAAUCAUUGCAUUUAUGUCACCUUUUUAGAAGGAGCCUCUUAAAUCUACAGAAGCUGCAGGUCACAGUCUGUCGUGUUGCACUGCCAUGUCUCUAGAGUAACGAACAAACCAAACACCUGCUCCAGAUGGAGUUUUUAGUGCCCACCGUAGUUCCUCCUUUGACAUAUUUAGGUGUUGCAAUCUGCAGUUACGCCCCUAGAUGCCACUAAAUCCUGCAUGCAGGACCUUUUAAUUAAACAGUUGCAUUUUUACAUUUUUUCUGAGGGGAUAUUCGAAGAUGGUGUGACAUUCAGAAAGACAUGAUUGUCUCUAAUUUGUAACCUUAUACUGAAAGUAUCAGCUCUGAGAAGUUUCAACAGUUUCAACUGAGCGAGGUUUCUUCUGCUGGUUGUUAUAUACCGACACUUGUGCUAACUGGAAUUUCUCUCUCAUAAUAUUCUGUAUAAAUUGUAGCAAUCAGGGUACAAAGUGACUUUUAACUUCCAACGUGUUAAUACGUUGUCAAGCACAACAAGCCAAUAUAGAAGAAAAUCCAUCAAGAAACCGUCAUUGGGUCUCGCUUGUUUUGCGUGAUGCUCAUGUUUCUAUAAAAACCUGUCACUGUGCGCUGAAAACAAAAUUGUAUCUGGAUCACGGGCUUGUUUUAAGGUUGAUAAGGGAGAGGAGAGAUAGGCCUUAAUGUGGAGAAGCCUCAGUGCUGCUCUGUCCUCCCUACCUCACUCUCUGCCUCUCUCCUUCUGCCUCUGCUGCCCUCUCUGUCUUUGCCGUAAUUCACAGUUUUAUUUUCCUCAAACAGCCUCUGAUCUAUUAGUGUCAGCUACAGCUUAAAAAGUAUUAUGUGACACAUAAGUUGAUAAUUUGGCACUUGAUCAUCUCUGCUUUUGUUUACUUCUAGUCAUACUCUAUAAAUGGUUAGAUAACUUAUAACUCAUCUGACGUAACUUAUCUUUUAUUGGACAUGUUCCACACUCUUUUCGUGUUGAACAUUAAGCCAGACUGUCUUCACUUUCACCCUAAUCUAUUAUGUCAGCCUUCAAAUGAAAAGCUGUAUGGAGUCAAUCAUUGUCAUGUAUGACACCAGAUGAAUUUGCUGCUCCAGAAAUAUACUGUAAAACGACACAUUUGAAUCUUUGAAUUCUCCUCGAUUUAAGAUCCCUGAGUUUCUGCAUGAGUUUUUCAUUGUUGAACAUUUAAUGUUUAAUUUGCAUGCACUAUAUGUGAACUUCAGGGAGGUAAAAAUUGUUCUUGUAGAUAAUAUAUUUGAAAAAAAAAAGUGACAAAAUAAUGUUUUUACUGUAUGAAUUGUGAUGUUUUCUAUGCUGCUUGCAGGUUUUGAGGUUUUGUUUCAAGUAAUCUGGCCUUGAUCAGUGCUAAGUAAUUUAAUUUCCUUUUUUUUUUUUUUUUUUUUAAGCAGAUGCAGGAAGACUGACAAUAUACUCGGCAAUACUGAAAUUUCAUUUUGUAUCAUAUGGCAUUAUUUACUAGUGUUAUUGCUUUACAUCUUUGGUGUUCUUGAUGGGGACUGAUCUGCUGUAUUAACAGUGGACAUCGGUUUGUAUCUCUGUCAGACUGUAUCUGCAGGAGGUAUUUUAUCAACAAUAAAGGUAUACAACUUAAAAUAACAAA